GGGUUGAAUGCUGGAGAAGAAGGAGGAGGAGAAGGGUGAAAUGUCGAAUGCAGGGAAAUGAAGAUCAAUGGGUGGCCAGGGGUUGAGUUUAGGCUGACGCGUAAGGACUCCUUUUAGAUCUCGCGCGGUGAUUGGCGGAGCCGGCAUCGCAUCGCGCUCAACCCUCGCCAGUACGAGCUUCGGCAUGCUAUUCAUCGCCACCUCCAGCCUUUUGCCACCACGCGAUACCCACCACAUUCAGCAUUCCACCACCCGACUCAAGCAAUCCCCAAGUCCAGCCAAGCGCGAGGCUGGCGGUGUUGGCGAGGCGAAGGCGCCGAGGAUUUCUGUGAAGCUUUUUACUCAGCCAAAUUCCUCCCCUCGCUCCUGCCUCGCCCUCGCUCCUUGGCUCCUCGGCCAGCCAAAGCUUAUUUUCCCCACCACCAGGACCACCACGCGAACCCGCCCCAGCCGACCAGCAAUUUAUUCUCCGCGCAGCAGUCUGAGAAACAAUGAGGCAGUGCCCAUGACGAAGCCUCGCCAACGGUCAAGUCUCCACGUGCACGGCAAGUUCAUUUCAUGCAGAGAUGGCGAGCCGAUCAAACUCGCCUCAAAGGAACAACACCGCCUCCCCUUCUUGCCCCCGUCUCGUUCUUGAAACUCUCGUCAUGGAAAGCUGAUACGCACCCGACCUGC